AUGUGUUCUUUCGUGAGGGCGGGGUCUCCCAGAGUUUUGCAAACUUCCCUAGAGCCCGUGAGGACACCCGAGGGGACAUCUCCCUUGAGCCUGGAGGCUGGACUCCACCCCGAACGAAAGGAUGACUCGGGAGACAGGAGGAUCCCAGGGGGAACGAAAUCUCCCACGGAGCUGGGGCUGGGAGCGGGACUUGGGCGAGAUGACCCCAGAUGGAGAGAGAGCGCCCUGGUGGGUCAAUGUGAGGAGGGGGUGCCCUCACCAGAAACGAAGUCUCCACUGGGCCAGGGCCUUCAAGUGGGAGGAUCCCAAAGAAAGACUAUUCCUAGGACCCUCAUGGGGAAGGGGCAUCUGGCAGACGACAAGAUCUCAGCCUUGCAGGGGACAAAAGCUCUGGGUGUGCCACCGGGCCGAGUGGGGUCAGAACAUGAGUGUCGUCCAGCUCGGUGUCCCUGUAGAAGGACCACACAGCCUCCCCUGGGACCUGGGUGUGCAAGCCCCCUGGACGUGCACACCCCUGGGUGUUCAGAGAGCAGGAGGGGCCCUAUGGCUGGUGGUGGCCCCGACGGGGUGGAGGCUUUAGUGGAAAAGCAGCCUGUUUUAGGUUUGGACCUCAGACAGGGCUCCCUGGACAAAGAGCCCACCUGCGUGGUGACGAAACCCUGCACAGAGGCAAGGCCUCCCGUGGAGGUGGACGUGGGGCUGCCGGCAGCUGGGGAGCCGGAUGAAGGCACCAGGGCAGGGCCUCCGAUGGACUCAGUGAUAGGCCCACCCCAGUGCCAGUUUGCCCAACUCCCUGAAGAGAAAAAGGAGCCUGAGAUCAUGAAACUAGAAAUGGACCACCCGUCCUGCAUCAGACCUAUAUACGCUGGGAAAUGUUUUGAUCGGAUGCCAUGGUGGCCAAGCGCAGGAAAACUGAAGCCUAUUGGACACAGAGUGGCCACAUGCCUGACUGAGCCGCUUCCCAGGCUGAUUACUCCACCUGAGGCAAAAAAGUAUUACAACUUUAGAUAUCCACCUCCUGGGGCUGAAAGAGUGUUUUAUGGGAGAGCCAGUGAUCCUCAAAUUGCACCCUACUUGACACAUGGGAUACCAUCUAAAAUUUCAAUACCGGCAAACACAUUGAUAAACCCACAGCCUAUUACUGCAUUUCAACAGAAACUUAAAGACAAAAAAGAAUCCUUAUAUGCUAGCAAUCAGCGAGCACCCCUAGGAAAAUCUCAUGAUCAGACACCAGGAUUACCCAAAGGACUGGACGUACUCAACAGGACAUUUGGGAGCCGGAUUAUCAGAGAAUUCUCUGCUAGAGACAUCGUGAAUCCAGCAAAAUCCUUUGCGGAAGUGUGUGAAGAAGACAAGGCAGGGCACGAUUUGUACGUCAUUACUCACAACGACUAUUCUGCAGGAGAAGCAAAGAACCGAAAAUAUAACCCAUCAAGUUUCCAUAGGUUUAACUUGUAUGGAGCCCCAACGCCACAUUUUAAUGAUGGACGGACCAUGGCAAGAAGCUUAUAUUGGCUCCAUGAACUCCAGAUGAAAAGAGGAGCUAAAGUUGUAUCCCAGAGAUUUGACGACUUCAAAGAAAAGUUUCAACAUAAACUUGGAAGAGAUUUAGAUCCCAUUGCAGACACAGUGAAUGUCCCCUCAGACUACACAUUUGGAGCUUGCUUCCUUCCAGAGGAGUAUGGUGCCGGUGACCUCAUCCACCAUAGACUUCCAGGGGAGUGUCUUCGCGGGAAGGACCGGCAGAGAGCCCAGGUCUCCGCAAUUCGCCAUCACCUGAAGAAGUUUAAUCACGAAAACUUUGACACCUUGCUGGCUGCCUUCAGGCACUACGACAAGAAGGGAGACGGGAUGAUAGAUAAGGAGGAGCUGCAGGAAUCUUGUGAGCAGGCCAACCUGCAUUUGGACACAGAGCUCCUGGACCAGCUGUUUGACUACUGUGACGUGGAUAACGAUGGCCUGAUCAACUACCUAGAGUUUGCCAAUUUCCUUAACUGGAAAGACAAGGUGCUUCUCACGGAGGAUGAAACGAGGGUCGUUAUUAAAGGAAGAAAACCAGAUUGUGCUAAUCCUGCUGAGGCUAAUGCGGAAGAAAUGGAACCAAUUCUCCUGAUAAAGCCUGAAGACAUUGUCUUAAAAGCACCAGGUUGCUCAGAAAUGACCGUCCGAACACUGCUGAGACCAAGCGACAAGGUUUCUAAGCACUAUACGACAACAUCUUCUGAGAUCAAUGCAGUGGUGGGGGCCGUCCCUUCGCUCUGUCAUCCCGUCUGUGGCGUUCCAACCCUCCGGUCUGAUAUCCCUGCUCCGCGGAUUCGUCGCAUCAGUGACCGGACCAAUUAUGGCGAAGAUGGAAAUGCUUACUCUCUGCUCCAUCCUUCCAUCUUCUCCCAGAAGGGAGUGUUUGAGAGAGACGUCUUCAAGAGCAGGUCAAAGGCAGAGAUUGCAGGGAUACUAUCCAACAUUGGACUUAAGCUUUCUGAAGAAGAAUUCGAAAAUGUGUGGAAUCUUGCAGCAGGGAAGCACCACCGAGGAGAAGUGUCCGUGGAGACCAUCAGAAAUGUGUUGGAUGAGCUGAAGCAUGCUGAGCGGACCAAGUGUAAGACAGCCGUGUGA